CAGCGGGCGCUCUUGCCGUGUACAGUGUGAUGAAAGUAGAACACUGUCACCUUCCGUGUGAAUGUGUGUGUGUGAGAGAGAGAGACUGUGUGAGACUGUGUGUGUGUGAGAGAGAGAGACUGUGUGUGAGACUGUGUGAGACUGUGUGUGUGUGAGAGAGAGAGACUGUGUGUGAGACUGUGUGUGAGACUGUGUGUGUGUGAGAGAGAGUGUGUGUGAGACUGUGUGUGUGUGAGAGUGUGUGUGAGACUGUGUGUGAGAGUGUGUGUGAGCGCGCGAGUGUGUGGCGUUAUAAGUUACAUGGAUAAAUCAUUAUAACCGCUGUUCACCUUUACAUAAGACUUUAUUACAGAUACUCCACCAUGAAUGGGAAUAGAGACUCUGACUGUGUGGAAGAGUUAUCCCCGGAUCACAACGGUGUGAUUCAGACCAUCUACAGCUCCAUCAGUCCAUCUGAGGAGCAACCCAACAUGUCCACCUACUUCGACGAGAAAGUCCCUGUACCUGAUGAUGUCACACAGGUGUUUAGUUUCCGGAAGCUGUGGGCCUUCACAGGUCCAGGUUUCCUGAUGAGCAUUGCUUAUUUAGACCCGGGGAACAUCGAGUCAGACCUUCAGUCAGGAGCGAUAGCAGGGUUUAAGCUCCUGUGGGUUCUCCUCGGUGCCACCAUCAUCGGUCUACUGCUGCAGCGUCUGGCCGCUCGACUGGGCGUGGUUACAGGGAUGCAUUUAGCUGAAGUCUGUCAUCGACAAUAUCCCACUGUUCCUCGAAUCGUUCUGUGGUUGAUGGUAGAACUGGCAAUCAUUGGCUCUGACAUGCAGGAGGUGAUCGGCUGUGCCAUCGCUCUCAACCUGCUGUCUGUGGGCCGGAUCCCUCUGUGGGCCGGUGUACUCAUCACCAUAGUUGAUACGUUUGUUUUUCUGUUUCUGGAUAAAUAUGGUUUGCGUAAACUGGAAGCGUUCUUUGGUUUCCUCAUCACCAUCAUGGCAGUGACCUUUGGCUAUGAGUAUGUGCGUGUGUCUCCGGAUCAGGGCGCUCUGUUAAAGGGGAUGUUUGUUCCGUACUGUCAGGGCUGUGGAGCUCCACAGUUAGAGCAGGCUGUGGGGAUUGUGGGAGCGGUUAUAAUGCCUCAUAACAUCUACCUGCACUCUGCACUGGUCAAGUCACGAGAGGUGAAUCGAGCGAACAAGAGGGAGGUGAAAGAGGCGAAUAAAUAUUUCUUCAUCGAGUCGUGCAUUGCGCUCUUCGUCUCCUUCCUCAUCAACGUCUUUGUAGUGGCCGUGUUCGCUGAGGCUUUCUACAAUAAAACUAACAUGGAAGUGAAUGAGCAGUGUAAUCAAACUGGAAGUGUAAACACUGACCUGUUUCCACUUAACAACAACACACUGCAAGUCGACAUCUACAAAGGGGGUGUGGUCCUGGGCUGUUUCUUUGGUCCUGCAGCUCUGUAUAUCUGGGCAGUGGGGAUUCUGGCAGCAGGUCAGAGCUCCACCAUGACGGGGACGUACUCUGGCCAGUUUGUCAUGGAGGGUUUCCUGAACCUGCGUUGGUCCAGGUUUGCGCGUGUGUUAUUAACACGCUCCAUUGCGAUCUUUCCCACGCUGCUUGUGGCCAUUUUUCAGGAUGUUACACAUUUAACUGGAAUGAAUGAUUUCCUCAACGUACUGCAGAGCAUGCAGCUCCCGUUUGCGCUGAUCCCAAUACUGACCUUCACCAGCCACACCUCCAUCAUGAACGACUUUGCCAACGGCCUGUUCUGGAAGAUCGGCGGUGGUCUCACUAUCCUGAUGGUGUGUGCCAUUAAUCUGUACUUUGUGGUUGUGUAUGUGACGGCUCUGAACAGUGUGCUGCUCUACGUCCUUGCCGCCCUGCUGUCCAUCGCUUACCUCUGCUUCAUAGCUUAUCUGGCGUGGCGCUGUCUGAUCGCUCUGGGCGUGUCCUGUGUGGAUGUUUGUGGCAGGGUUAUGCAGAGCCACAUGGACUCGUACCUGAUGAACAACCUCGACUCAGACCUGGAGCGAUAACACACACACACACACACAAACCUGGGUUAUUAUUAUUAUUGUUUUUAUUUUUAUUUUUAAGUUUUAAUUGAAACGUGUAAAGUGGACAGUUUGACCAGAACACUGGACAGUCCCUUCCUGUAGUGUGCACUGUUUAGUGAUGUUUUGUCCCUUACACAAAGCCGGACAUUUUAAAUGUUUCUGAUGAUUCUGAGUAUUGUGUUACUGUCUAUUAGGCAAUUUGCAUACAGCCAAUAGGAGAGUGGGGGGGGGUGUCUGUGUGCAAACCCUGAAACAUUUCACUAUAAUAAGCUACUGAAGCUCCUCCCACUAAGCCACACCCCCAGUCCUUCACCUGAGCUGCUGUAUUACCUGAACACUGAGAGAUCAACACUGUAUUGAAUCAUUUUAUUGACCAGCGCACAGAAAUGUUAUUAAAGAAACACUUUUUGUGUGUAAAGGACCAAAGUAUUAUAUUUAAAAUUCUAAUAUUUUAAACAUAUAAAUUUAUCUAUUAAACUAAUCACACACUUCUUACUGAGCAGUUCCACUCCGCCCUCUGAUACUGACCACUUCCCUCUAACAGCAGGUCCAGUGUUUUAUUCUCACAUCAUAGCAAACAUCACACCGGUCAUUUAUUAUCAGUCGUGUGUUAGACUUUUAUCCAUUUACAGUUACAUUUAAUGUUGAUGAAAUGAGUUACUGAGAAACUGUAAAGCAGUGUAAACUCCUCUGUCCUGAAGAUGUCGAGAACUUUACAGCUUCACCUCUGACUGAUACACACACUCAUACACACACACAUACACACACACACACAUACACACUCAUACACACACACAUACACAC